AUCCCCCUGCUCACCCGCUCGAAAGCUAUACGAGCCCCAAAACACUUAGUCAAAGGAAUCGCAGAAAGAACUUUUUUUUCCUUUUUUUUUUCGACUCCUCACCUCUCCCCCCUCUCUCUUAACAAAACACCGCGGAAGAAGACCCAACCCCCCACAAACCCAAUAAAAAUGUCUGACGCUGGUUCCGACUCUGCUUCCCGAGCCCCUGAAGAGGUCGUCGUCGACGACGUCGAGGUCGCCGCCCCGGCCAAGGGCGCCAUGUCGGUCGAGGACGCCCUUCAGGAGGUCCUCAAGAACGCUCUCGUUCACGACGGACUCGCCCGUGGUUUGAGGGAGUGUGCCAAGGCUUUGGACAAGAGGCAGGCCCAUCUCUGUGUCUUGGUCGAGACCUGCACUGAGGCCGAAUACCUCAAGCUCAUCGAGGCCCUCUGCGCCGAGCACAACAUCAACCUCAUCAAGGUCUCCGACGCCAAGGUCCUCGGACAAUGGUCCGGUUUGGCCAAGAUCGACCGAGAGGGUAACCCCAGGAAGAUCGUCGGUUGCUCUUGUGUCGUCGUCAAGGACUACGGUCAGGAGUCUGAGGGUUUGAACGUCCUUUUGGACUACUUCAAGAGCCGAUGAGCGUCGGGUUUCGAUUAGGGGGAGUUGUAUGG